GCGUCACGUGACCACGUAUUUCCGGAAGUAAGAGCAUGUCCGGCUCAAAUGUAAAGAGCGUAUGAGUUUGAAACGUCUUUGAGCGGGACUUACACGAGUCAGCGCGCUGACAGCUCAUUAUUCUGCCCUCUGACAUGCAUUUCCACAUCAUUAUUGCUGCGUGUAUAUGCUCUGGUGUUGUGGACUCGUGGAAAAUCAGAGGAAUAUCCUCGUCCUAUAAAAGGUUCUACAGGGAGAGAAAAUCGUUUCUAUGCAUCGAUGGAUCCAAAAUGAUUCCAUUCGAGCAGGUGAACGAUGACUACUGCGACUGCGCAGACGGCUCUGAUGAACCAGGAACCUCUGCUUGUCCUCAUGGCCGGUUCUACUGUACAAACCUGGGUUUUCGCCCUCACUACGUCCCAUCAUCAAGGGUCAACGAUGGCAUCUGUGAUUGCUGCGAUGCCUCCGAUGAGUACAACAGCCACGCUCGCUGCCAGAACACUUGCUGGAAUCUGGGACAAAAAGAAAGGGCGUACGUGGAGGGGCAGAUGAGGACCUUGGAUGAGGGUUUGCGACUCAAGCAGCAGAUGAUUGAGGAGGGAGUGCUGCUUUGGAGGGAGAAGCAGGCACAUCUCAGAGAGCUUCAGCAGGCCGCAGAAGAUCUACAGAUCAAAUUAGAGGAACACAGAUGGAGAAAACACGAGACGGACCUACUCCAAGAGCAAACAUCAAAGGCACUGGAAGCAGGAGAUAAUGGUUCUAGACACCAGAAUGCCUCUGUAGCCGGUCUUUUCCAAUUGCUGGACAGCAACAAAGAUGGCAGAAUAUCGGUGGAUGAAGUCAAGGCUAAAGUGGUGCUAGUUCAUGAAGCAAAGCGGGUUCUCUCUGAGGAUGAAGCACUGGUUUUGAUGGGAGGUGGUCGGGAAAUGGAUCUGACCAAAUUUCAGCACACACUCUGGGACACCCUGACACGAGCUGACAAUGUAAUGAUCAAAGACGGUGCCUCAGGUGGUCCUAUGAGUGAAGAUCCUCACUUAAAGGCAGCCGACAGAGCGGAGUGGGAGGCUACCAAUCUGAGGAAGGUAGAAGAAGCUUAUGAGACAGUCAACAUGGAAAUAAGAGAUUUACAGAAGAAUCUUAGUAUAGACUACGGAACAGACUGGGAGUUUUUGUUUCUGAGCGGCCAGUGCUACAAGCUGCAAAUGUAUGAGUAUGCUUAUUCUCUGUGUCCCUUCAAUCUAGUCACACAGAAGAGCACAGCAGGAACCGAGGUCUUAUUGGGGAGGUGGGGGAUGUGGGCAGGACCACCAAAGAACCACUACAGUCAGAUGGUGUAUGAGAACGGAGAACCAUGCUGGCAAGGAGGCUCACGUACAACCACAGUCACGCUGACAUGCGGAACGGAGACAGCCCUGCGCUCGGUGAAGGAGCCCAGCAAAUGCCAGUACAUCAUGGACUUCCAGACUCCUGUAGCCUGUCAGCCGGUGCUGAAGCAGAGGGGCGUGCACAGCGAACUGUGACCCCUCUUCCCUCAUUGCCUUAGCCUGGAAUAACUUGGACCCCUGCCCCCUUGCUGGCUCGCCUACAGUGACAGGCUGAGGGUCUCGAGGGUCCCCUCCAAUGUUGUUGUUGUCAGAACGUAUGUACUUCUCAGUAAGUUGGACUGAGGUCAGGACGCAGCUCUCACCGCCGCUGUUACACGACCAUAUUGUUAAAGCCUACCAUGAAGAAAAUAGUCAUAUCAGAUCUGUUGUAAGACGUCGCUAUUGCUAAAGUAUUUUAAAUAUUACCUUGUUUUAUUGCAACAACUAAAGUCUGUUCCUGUUCUGUAGAAAACAAAAAAUAAUUGUUAAUGUGAUAGUUUGCAUACACUCAUUAGCAAACCUGUUGUAGCUAGCUGUUUGUGCAACCUCAGUUUGGAGAAACAGGAUAUUGUAAUCGGAUUGAUGAGCUAACCGCUAGUUAGCAGGAACCUGAAACAAAAGUCAGCUUCACACAACUUUAAUCUCAGAAAAGCUGUAACAGUUCAGUGAAAUGUUACUUUUGACUGUAGACCGUUGUUCCAGCAGAAAUAACCCGGAGGUCUACCAAAUGUUGUGACAAAGGUAUUUGCCUUCUCACAGGUGUUUUUGUCCUGUCACACUCUAAAGGGUUUGAUUCUAGAACUAAUAUUCACUGUCAGGCAAAGACUGAACAACGACAAUUUAACAGGACCUGUCUGACAACAUGGAGUUCACUGAACGGUCUCAAAAAGAUACUCAUCGGGCUCUGUUCUAAAGUUCUAGUACAAGAAAAGUACAACAGAAGCAUUGCAUGUCUCACGUAGUUGAACUUUUUAACAGCAAUUAAACACGGUGGUGGCAAUA